CAACCACAAUGCUUCGCAGCACCAUCGCCGCUAUCCGUCGUACCAGCAUUAGAUCCUACACCACCUCUUUGGAACAGACCACCAAGCAGGCUGGCAUUCAGAUUCAGCAGGCACCCAACUUUGUCGGAACCUGGUCUAAGUCUCAGCGUCCCAAGGAGGAGGCUAUGUCUGGCCCCCGCUUUGAACAGAUCGAUCUUGCUACUCAGCCCAACGCCAUGGCUGCCAUUGAAUUAAUUGCAGAAGAACCUAUUCAAUUCGUGUCAGAGCGUGUUACUUCUUGCAACGGUGGUGGAGGACCUUUAGGUCACCCCAAGGUCUAUAUUAACUUGGAUAAACCCGGAGCUCAUGCAUGUGGCUAUUGUGGUAUCCGAUUUGAAAUGAACCAUCACCAUCAUUAAAAAUGGUCGUAGAAAGGAAACAAAAAAAACACUCGAAUAAACCACGGCAUUUGUCUGGCCCACAAACCACUUUUUUUUCCUUUCUCUUUCUCUUUUAAGGCCACUC